ACGCCAUUUUUUGCUUCCACGGAAAAAUAUACGAAGUUAGUCGGUUUUUGACGAAUUUUAAUUUAAUUCUGUGAUUUAUCCUUACUUUUCGUUGUUAUCUCCUAUAAUUUAUAGGUUCGAUCACAGUUUAGUGGAAAAAGAUUAAUCAGGAAACCUGAUCUCAAGACUAUCAGAAUGAGCGACUCAGUGGAUCAAAACGAACCACCGAAGGAUCCGAAGGAGUUGGAGAAACUAGAAGAAGCGAAACUUAAAGCAAAGUUUCCAAAUGCGAUGCUCGGCAGAGGGCCCUCAGGUCAUUCAGCCUUCCUGCAGAAGAGGCUAGCUAAGGGCCAAAAAUUCUUUGAUUCCGGCGACUAUAACAUGGCGAAGCAGAGGCCGGGUAACUUGGCCGCGCCGUUCAAGACGCCCGCAGUCGCGUCCAAGCUGCCGACGGGAGAUGCGAUCCCCACGCCCGAGACCGUGCCCGUUCGCAAGACGUCCAUCAUCCAGCCCAAGUUCACGCCGACACCCACGCAGCCCUCGACGCAGACCUCCUAGCCUCGCGUGCCCUCUCUGGCCCUCCGGCCGGCGCGCUAGGGAUUAGACACUAACGGUGAUCUCUGCUCGACACUUAGGUUUAUAAAAUAACAUAAUUUUUUCACAAGUUCUGGAUUAAAUGAAAAGGCAGAAUUUAUAAAAUUCAUAUGUAUUUUUAUGCUGUACUUAUUAAGGAAGCCAUUAAUUUUAGAUUAGUCUUAUGUAAGUCUGGGUAAUCAUCUGUGAUUGAGUGAUACUCUUAAUUUAAAAGUUAUCUGAGCCCCGUGUUGAUUAUAUUUGGGAUCACUAUGAUGGAGCCUAAAUGCAGUUGUGAGGUCACCUUUAGUGUUAGAUCCAAUGAACUAAUUCCAUAUUUUAAUUUUGCUGUGCGCACCAUACUGCAUCGCUUAUAUUUUUAAAAAUUCGCACCAUUUAGUGUAUUAAUUGUGUUAGUUUAGUUUCUCAUCACAUUUCAUGUUUCCUUCAUAGCACUCGGUGUAAAUUUGAUUGUCAUUCAUAUCUAGUGUUGUGUUGAAAUUAAAAAAUAACUUUUAUAAGAACAACUGUUAUUUAUGUAUAAUAUUAAAAUUAGGUGUACAGUCAUGAGCAAUAUGAUGUACCCACUUUAGGACUCUGUCGCACUAACAUAUUUGACAUUUAGUGAGACUUACAGCUCAAUUUGUCAAAAAAGUUAAUGUGACAUGGUACCAAAGUGUAUACAUAUUAAUGCUCGUGACCGUAGUGCGUGUUGGGGAUUGUAUGUGUGGUUACAUUGUUCCGAGAAUGUUGCAGUUGUUUGUUCCAUGUCAUUCAGUGUCUCGGCAGAUCUAGGUCAUUGUAUGGGAGUAGUUAGAUUUUCUUACCAUAUUGCAUGCUGUUCUAAUGUUCGGGAAUACGACAGUUAUUUAACCUGUAAAAUAUAUAUUUUCUAAUUCAAGUAUUUUUAAUAGCAGAGUUCAAUAGUCUUAUCUACUCUUAUAUACCUAUAACUGUACAUAGCCCAAUUUAUCAUGUCAUAAUUGUCGCAAUUGGCUAUAACUUAGAACCAUAAUCAUGCCACCUAAUAAUAUAGAAACAAUAAAUCAAUCGUGGAACUAUCGUAAAUGUUAGAGUUGCCUUUGGAUUGUACGAAUUCAGUAAUAUUGUAUGUUCACACAAGUUUGUUCAAUUUACAAUGGAGUCUGGAUUGAUGGAUCCCUGUACAUAUUGCCAUAAUUAGAGUUGGUUAAAAACGUGAUCUUAUAUAUAAAGCAAUGGAUUUGUAAGGCUGUCUAGUGCGUCACAACGAAGAUGGGAGAAGAUUCAGCUUUGCUAUACUCAUUUUUUAUGAGAUUAACUAUAAAAAGCUUAGCCAGAACAUUCGUAAAAUAUGUAACAAGUAUGAUUAGCAAAAGCUGCAUCUGUGAUCCAAACCCCUUCGCUUCUCUACGCUGCAAUUUGUUUGUGUAAACCCCAUAUUUAGCGUCUUAUAAGCACAGCAAGUAAUGUGGCAACCCUAUACCGCGUGUGACGCGAUAUUUACAUUUUGAACCAAUAGAAUUGCUUUAUUUUGUCGCCUAGCCAGUGUUGGUUCAUUUAUCACGAUACGCGCGCGAUAUGCGUACGGGGGCUGUAUGGGACGUACAAACCACUUAUGUUGUUCCGCACUGGAGUUAGAUAGCGUAAGGGACUGUUGACAGUUAGCGAUUAUAAAACGAAAUAAAUACUUGGUAAUAUA